AUGGGAGCGGGCCCGUCGCCUCAGCUUUUGGGGGGGCGUGCUGGCUCAAUGAUACUAAUAACUCUUUCACCACAAUGCAGACCUGUCUCUGGCUGGUGUGAAGUCUGGGCUGUUGGUCAGCGUCUGGCAUGGAUUUUCCCCUUGGAAGGACUUGGGACGGCGUGGUUACUCACGCCUGGCCGUAUGGUCUCCCUGAAUGGGGUCAAUCUGCCGAGAUGUGCGGAACAUGGGCUCGGCUUUGAUGAAUGGGAUGUAAUAGGUAGCAGAAUACAAUAA